UUUUUCUACUUGGGCUAGUGUUUCUAGUUGUAUUGAGCCUAUCCUUUUCAAGGAGGCUGUUUUGUCUAAUAAAUGAAAUAUCUUUUUCUUAAAAAAAAAAAAAUUAUUAUUUCUAUUUUAUUUUCUGUAUAAACUAAAUUUCAAAUAAACAUAAAGUAAUAGUAGUCGAUUUUGCCAAAACUAAAAAAGGAAGUAAAUCCGGUUUUUCCAUUUGGAACACAAACAAAUCAAUGAUAAGAGAUUAGAUUUAGGAGAAUUGACCCAAGUAGUAACCAGCCGCAAAAGGCUCCUUUCUUGUCCUACCAACAAGAAAAGAUAUACUUUGUUUGCUGUUGAUACAGUCGCUUGACAGUUGGUCACCGCACUUCUGACCGGCGACAUUUCAGACGUCGAGAUGGGACUGAUUGUUAUUUGAGUGGACAAAUUGCUACCGCUGUUCCCUUUACUCAUUCAAAUUCCACUACCAAGAACUGUGCGUGCACCUAAACUUUUGUGCGACAUGAUGGGUCUCACUUCUUUGACAACUAUGUUAAGACCACGUAUUGUUUCUGUAGCGAUUGUAAGUAAGUGGAGCUUGAAAGAGAGAGAAAUGGGCAUGUGCAAAUCCUCAUUUAAGUUGUUACACCUUGCAUAUAAGGUUGCAAAUCUACAGUGCAGAUACGGGAGUACAGAUUCUAUUCAUACUCAAGGCUCUUCUGAACACAAUCAUGUAAAUUUUGAGACUAUGAAGAUAAUAUUGGGUUCAUCAUCCAUGGCAAGGAAGCGGAUUCUGUCCGAGAUGGGUUAUGAGUUCUCAAUCAUGACUGCAGAUAUAGAUGAAAAGAGCAUAAGGAAAGACACGCCGGAGGAAUUGGUUAUGGCUUUGGCUCAGGCAAAGGCAGAUGCCAUUGUAGCAAGGCUCCGAAACAUGGGUAAAUUGGAAGAGGAUACUCAUGCAACCUUGUUGAUUACAGCUGACACAGUAGUGGUGUAUAAAGGGAUGGUGAGAGAAAAGCCAACAAGCAAGGAAGAAGCGCGAUAUUUCAUCAAAGGCUAUUCUGGCAGUCAUGCAGCUGUUGUAGGAUCUGUGCUAGUAACUAACCUUGCUACAGGAAAAAGGAAAGGAGCAUGGGAGAGGGCAGAGGUUUACUUCCAUGAUAUACCAGACGAGAUCAUCGAUAAUCUGAUUGAAGAGAGAGUGACAUUCAAUGUUGCCGGAGGACUGAUGCUGGAGCACCCACUAACAUCACCCUAUGUUGAAGCAGUGGUGGGGAGUGCAGAUACAGUGAUGGGACUUUCAAAAGCUCUUACUGAAAAACUCAUUGCAGAAGUCCUUUAGUUCUCAAAGACUUCUUUUUAUAUUUAUAGGUGAUACCCACACCAGUAAUUGAUGUUUAAUAUACGAUAAAAAUACGGUGAGUUUUGUUCAAGAACUAAAACUCAUCGUUUUACAUUUUUUAUUUUAUAUUAUUUAAUUAUUUUAUAUUAUUAUUAUUUUAUAUUAUAAAUAUAUUAUUAUUAUUUUA